AUGUCCACCGACUAUCCGGAAACAGUUGCUUACUGGUUUCACGCAGCAGACGCACCCCGAAACGACCCAAUCAAAAAAUCCACAACCAACAUAACAAAAUCAUCUCAAGAGGCCACUAGUUCAACCGUUCCAAAAACGAAGCAACCAACAAAUUGGAUUCCAUUUUCUAAACGUGACAGUGCUGCAUUGGAAGAAGCUUUUAAAUCCGGUACUCCAAAACAAGUUCCUUGUAAUGAAGAUUAUCUCUUCGAAGUCGAUGUCGAGAAACGGGAGAUACGUCCGAUAUAUUGGUUAGGGCCUGCAUAUGAGGUCAGGCGUGCUACAUGGUUUCAACAAGGAGACAGUGGAAAAUAUAUACCGUGUGAUGAAAACCUAGCGACGCAAAUCGAAGAAGGAUACAGAAAUCGUAAAGUCUGGAUCCCAUCUGAACCAGAUAUUAACAAUCCUAAUGGGCCUGACCCUGUUGAAAAGAGUUGUCCACUGUUUGGCAAGUAUCUAUCUCAAUAUGUAACCUACACGAACCAAACAACCGCGUGGCUGUUGACCGACGAUGUGACCGGGAGAUUAACCAAAUCGUUAUUCUCUACUUUUACUAACAACGGAAAUUUGGGUGGAAUUCGUCUCAUUCGAGGUUAUGAUGAAGUAAAAAAAUAUAUUUCACAAGAUCCGAAGGAUAACGAAGGCAAGAAAAAAAAGGAGGGAAUUGAUAAUGAGGUCAGGAAUGUAUCUUCUAAUGACAAACAAAAAGAAAGGGAGAUUAAACAAGAAAUUGUUGAAAACCAAGAUUAUGAGAAUGAAGAAAGUGAAGGGGAAGAAAGAGUUAUUGACCAUUUAAUUUUGGUUAUUCAUGGGAUCGGUCAGAAGUUGAGCGAGAGGAUGGAAUCCUUAAAUUUCGUUCAUGAUGUUAAUGUUUUAAGGAAGACUAUCAAAACGAUUUUUGAAUCUAAUCCUCCUGAAGUGAGUUCCCAUGGCUCUUACAUGAAAUCUGGUUCGGGUACAAGCUACAGUAAACGUAAUUCCACGUCAUUAGAAAAGGGGUCACAUUUGAGAAAUGGUGUUCAAGUGUUGCCCAUACAAUGGCGUCAGGAAAUCAAGUUUGGUAUAGCAUCUGAGGAUGAAAAUACCCAAAGAGAUUUGGGAAUGCCCGAAAUAAUAGAGGAAGGUCAAACUACUCUUGAUGAAAUUACUCUUGAGGGCGUUCCGACUUUAAGGAUGCUGAUUUCAGAUGUGUUGAUGGAUGUGCUAUUAUACAUGACUCCGCGAUACCGCGAGGUCAUGAUUAGCACAGUUACAGCCGAGGCCAACCGAGUUUACAAUUCGUUUAUUCAAAGAAACCCAAAGUUCCUUGAAAACGGUGGGAAGGUUUCAAUAUAUGGUCAUUCUCUAGGCUCAGUGUUGGCAUUUGAUGUUCUAUGCCAUCAACCACCUAUCGUUCCUUCCACGGCCUUUGGUAUAUUCAGUGAAACAGCAAAAACGUCAAACGUAAAUCAAAUAAACCGUGAUUCGGUAAAAUUAUGUUUCAAAGUGCAUAAUUUUUUUGCAGCCGGUUCGCCCAUUGGCUUGUUCUUGUUACUAAAAGGUCUUAAGAUUGCAUCGAGGAAGAAUCGUGACGCCGUACAAUUAGCAAUGGACGAAUCUCCAAAUCACAUUCCAUUGUGUUAUCCUGCUGUGAGGAACGUUUAUAAUAUUUUUCAUAAUGCAGAUCCUAUCGCAUAUCGGAUGGAGCCCCUUAUCGCGAGACAUUACGGUGCUAGUCUAAAACCAGCCCUUAUACCAUAUCACAAAGGUGGACUCAAGGCUGUUCAUCUUGGAAUUCAAGAAUUUGGAAAUGAUCUCGCGCACAAAGCCACAAACAUUUUUUCAACUGUGAGGACGUCAUUGAUGUUUACAAGAGGAAUUCAGGCCCUAGCAGCUAAUUCCUCUCAUAAACGCACAUCAAUUUCCACUAUAACCACAGAAAGUGAGGCCACCAAUUUAGCAUUAACGAACUAUCCGCCAACACAAUACGCACAACCAUCAUCAAAUUCGGAUAAGGAAAGGGAAGAUCCAUUGGGUGCGGCUAAACUUAAGAGUUUAAAUCGAUCAGGAAGAAUUGACUAUGUUUUGCAGGAGGGCAUCCUUGAUGUAAGCUAUAUUAAUGCCAUCACAGUACAUCUGGGCUAUUGGUCAGACCUGGAUGCUGUUAAUUUCAUCGUAAGGGAGAUUUAUGAAGAAGACUCUGAUGAUGAGGAAGACGUAGAUGAACAACACCAAUAG